UUAAACCAAAUUAUUUUUACUAUCCUUGAGUCAGAUUGUCGCUAAGAUUUCUUGUAACUAAAGAGCGUUUGUAAUACGUUGGGGUUGUAUCCGUAAAUAAUACAAUCUACUCCGAUUUUAAGGCUAGAAAGUUGUCUUUCGGUAAAUAUAAAUAUGCGGCACAUUUAUUUCCCAGCGCAGCGUGUCUUUAAGAGGCGUGUGCUCGGAGGAGGUGGAGUCGUGAUCCACAUUGUACAAGCAGCUGAUGGGAGGGUGCUGCGUUCAGACAGGAGACAGGAUCCAUGGCAACAAUCAUGGCAGAGGCAGAGACCCGUCAGCGGCUGCUGCGCACCGUCAAGAAGGAGGUGAAGCAGAUUAUGGAGGAAGCUGUCACCAGGAAAUUUGUCCACGAAGACAGCAGCCAUAUUGUGUCCUUUUGUGCUGCGGUGGAGGCGUGUGUCCUUCAUGGGCUGAAGCGGCGAGCGGCGGGCUUUCUACGUAGCAACAAGAUCGCGGCACUCUUCACCAAGGUGGGGAAAAGCUUUCCCCCAGCUGAGGAGCUGUGCAGGAAGGCCCAGGAGCUCGAGCAGAUCAUUGAGACAAAACGAAGUCAAAGCUUGCAAAGUCAAGACAGCAUUCGCAAGAUGCCCCGACUGCCCAGCCUAAGCCCGCCUGUAGUCAAGAACCUGUGGAUACGGACGGCUCUUUUUGAGAAAGUGCUGGACAAGAUUGUCCUCUACCUGGUGGAGAACAGCAGUAAAUACUACGAAAAAGAGGCUGUUCUCAUGGACCCUGUAGAUGGACCUAUCCUCGCAUCUCUGUUGGUUGGACCUUGUGCAUUGGAAUACACAAAGAUGAAGACAGCUGACCACUUCUGGACAGACCCGUCUGCUGACGAGUUAGUACAACGACAUCGUAUCCACGGCGGCCUCUGCAGGCAGGACUCUCCUACUAAGAGGCCCGCGCUGUGUAUCCAGAAGCGGCACUCCAGCAGCAGCAUGGAUGAGCGCCCCUCCCCCUCGCCAUCAGCUCGUGAAUAUGUAGAGUCGCUGCAUCAGAACAACAGGGCGACACUACUGUUUGGCAAGAACAACGUGCUCGUACAACCGAGGGACGAUAUGGAGGCUAUUCCAGGUUACCUGUCUCUGCACCAGACUGCUGAACUCAUGACACUAAAGUGGACGCCCAAUCAGCUCAUGAACGGCUCUGUGGGAGACUUGGAGUAUGAACGCAGCGUUUACUGGGACUAUGCCAUGACAAUCCCUCUAGAGGAGAUAGUUUAUUUGCAUUGUCAUCAGCAAGUGGACAGUGGGGGGACGGUAGUGCUGGUCAGUCAAGAUGGGAUCCAAAGACCUCCACUACGCUUCCCUAAAGGAGGUCAUUUGCUCCAGUUCCUCUCCUGCCUUGAGAAUGGCCUCCUUCCCCACGGCCAGCUUGAUCCUCCACUCUGGUCGCAGAGGGGAAAGGGAAAGGUGUUUCCUAAGCUACGAAAGAGGGUUCCUCAGGGAUCUGGAUCCUCAGACUCAGUCUCCGAUAAGGAGGAGGACGAAGCUACGGACUAUGUCUUCCGAAUCCUCUUUGCAAACAGUCAGUCAGAGUUUGUUACUCCUCCAGAUCUGAUGGAUCCAGGAGCUAAGAUGUGGCAUCCCACUCUCAGGAAGUCCUCGUGUUCCUCCUGCUCUCAGGGGAGCUUCUCUGAAGCGGCGACACCCAAGGGGUGCAACCAUGAGAGGACUCCUCUGAAGCUGCUAUGUGACAACAUGAAGUAUCAGAUCAUCUCCAGGGCAUUUUAUGGCUGGCUGGCAUACUGCCGUCACCUUUCUACAGUGCGUACGCACCUCUCAGCUCUCGUAAAUCACACCAUUGUGGCGCCCGACGUGCCCUGUGCCGCCUCCGGAGGCCUCACCGCAGACGUGUGGCAGACUUUCCUCAAAGACUGCACAGCCUACAAGGAGCAGGAGUUGCUGCGCCUGGUGUACUUCGGUGGUGUGGACCCAUCACUGAGGAAAGAGGUGUGGCCUUUCCUGCUGGGUCAUUACCAGUUUGGCAUGUCAGAGGCUGAGAGGAAGGAGGUGGAUGAUCAGGUCAGAGUGUGCUACCAGCAGACCAUGGGGGAGUGGCUCAGCUGUGAGGAGAUUGUCCGCCAGCGAGAGAAGGAGCAGCACGCUGCGGCUUUGGCGAAGUGCUCCUCAGGUGCAAGCAUGGACAGUUACAGUCAGAAGAUGAAGCAUCACGAUUCAACUGUGAGCAAUGAGUCCUCCCAGAGCUCAGACAGGCAGAGUUUGGCUCGCCUGCAGAGUGAUUCCAGCAGCAGCACACAGUUCUUUACAUCCUCCCAACCCUUCCCCUGGAGUAGCCUGCUUCCCUUUGGCUUGUUCUUUCAGGUGUUUGAGUCUGUAGAGGAGGUGGACCAGAUUGAGAUGGAGCCCAAGAAUGGAGAAACCAAACAGGUGCCUAAGCUGCCCAAUGGAGCUCUGCAGAACGGGACGAGCUCUCCUGACUCUGGACAUCCUUCCUCUCGCAACUUCUCCAUCACCUCUGGCCUGUCAGACGGCUCCUUCAGCACAGAGGACAGCGCUGCACAAGAUACAACCCCGAGACCUGCAGCUGUCCCUCAGGUGUCACAGAGCUCUGUCAAGCCUGCAGGAGGAGAGAGCGAAGGUCAGUCAUUGGAAAAGGACGGCCAGGUGGAAGGUGAAGUGAAGGACAAAAGGGUGGAGAAAGAGAAAGCCUCCGAUGUGACCAAAACUUCAAAACAUGCUGCAGAAACAGGUGAUAAAAUAGACACGAAAAAGACGAGUUUAAAGCCUGAAACGAAAGAUAAUAUCGAGGAGUCACAAGCUGUUAAAGCAGCGGGGACAAAGCUUGAAGAUAAAAGCCUCGAUGGGAACAUUAAAGGUAACGAAUCUUUAGAGACACUAGAAGCGGCAAAAGCAUUGAAACCCGAAGAAGCAAAUGUGGAAAAGAUGAAGGAAGUGGACGAAUCAAAGACGAGUAAAGAGGUUUUAGUGACAGGAGGAAAAGAGAAAAUAUUCAAAGGUCCCGGGGCUCCUGAAAUGGAAAAUCUCACUCUCUCAGCAGACACAAGAGUGGUGAAAACAAGAGAAACCUACAGUGCCGCUCAGAAAGAUGAGCCUCACAUCAUGACUGAGUCAGAUGAGUCUCCCUCAGCCAUAGAAAUGGAGGAGAUCCCCAAAGCCAAAGUUUCCAUGGUGCCUUGGAGCAGGAAAGGACAUUGUGAAACCUCGUCUUCCUCUGAGAACUCGCCCCCUCACGUAGAGCUCAGGCAGAAGGAGGAACAAAAAAAGCUCAGUCCAGAGGGCACAGAGUCCAACCUGUCGGAGCCGGAGAUGGAGAGCCUUUACCCUCCCUUUGACUCUCUGGCUGCAUCUGAAAACACAAAGAACCAAGUGACCUCUCAAGUGUCAACUGGGAGUCCCUUCUCUCAAGAGCUUUUGGACCUGUAUACACUGAAUCUGCACCGCAUUGAAAAGGACGUCCAGCGCUGUGAUAGAAACUACUGGUACUUUACUCCUGCCAACCUGGAGAAACUACGCAACAUCAUGUGCAGCUAUAUCUGGAGGCACCUUGACAUCGGUUAUGUGCAGGGAAUGUGCGACCUGCUGGCUCCACUUCUAGUCAUUCUGGAUGAUGAGGCCAUGGCUUUCAGCUGUUUCACUGAACUCAUGAAGAGAAUGAAUCAAAACUUUCCACACGGAGGAGCUAUGGACACUCAUUUUGCAAACAUGCGCUCACUAAUCCAGAUCCUGGAUUCUGAGCUGUUUGAGCUAAUGCACCAGAAUGGAGACUACACCCACUUCUAUUUCUGCUACCGCUGGUUUCUCCUAGACUUCAAGCGAGAGCUGGUCUAUGAUGACGUGUUUGCAGUCUGGGAAACCAUCUGGGCAGCAAAGCAUGUCUCUUCCAGUCACUUUGUCCUCUUCAUUGCACUGGCGCUGGUGGAGGUGUACAGGGACAUCAUCCUGGAGAAUAACAUGGACUUCACUGACAUCAUUAAGUUCUUCAACGAAAUGGCGGAGCGUCACAACAUCAAGCAGAUUUUGACCCUGGCCAGAGAUCUUGUGUGCAAGGUGCAGAUGCUGAUAGAGAACAAGUGAUUGUGCUGUUUGUCUUCUUUUCCUUCCGAGCAAAGUGUGACCGGCUGUAGCAGCACAAGAGAAGAACGCACGCUCUCACACGUACAUGAAGCCUUUACAAUCAUUUUGCUGCUAUGAGCCUUACUGACUAUAUCCUCUAUGUUAUUCGAUGUUGUUUGUGUUGUCGGCAGGUGUGUGAGAAUAUUACGCUUAACAUUUGUCAGUACGUUGAAGUGAAAACAAAUGUAAAGCUGUUUAAUUUCCAAAUAUUUCUUCUUUUUUUUUUCUCAGAAAUCCCUCAAGUGUCAAUUUUAGUCCGAGUGCACUUAAUAUUUUCAGAUAAAGAUGGUUUUAGCUGCACGUUUCAAACCAAAAAGCAGAAAUGAAUUCAACCAGAGACUAUAUUUAUGGGAAAAAUACAUUGUGAUAAUAGUUUAUAUUGAUUAUUUUUCGUCUACAAGAUAGAGCUAUUAAAGAAAUACAGUUAUCCUCUUAUUCUAACGAAGGAAAGAAUGUCUGCAGACUUUUAAUAUGCUUUACACCCAAAAGCAAAAGUAGUUUUUACAGACUGAUUCAGGACACUGGCUUGGAGCCCAGAGUGUAACCCAGUCCAGUUACGUUUCACACAGUGUUCAGGAUAAUUCAGCUUUUAGCACCACGUUACUGGUUUAGCCAGCGGUGUUUCCAGUGUUCUUGAACUGCCUCGUCUGCCAAAUAGUAUGUCUUUAUUUGUUACGUGUGUUAACCGUGGUGUAGCGGGAGAAGAAAAUGUGUUUGAAUUAUUGGAAAUAAAUUAUCUUGUAAAAUCAUAAUCUGACAUUUAUGUUACCGAUUGAUGUCUUAGCAGAUAUUCGUGUAAAGAAACAAGCUAGGUUUGAUUAACUUCUUCUUCUUUUUUUUUCAUUAUCCAGUGAACCAAGUGUGUAAAUUGUGAUUACUCAUCUUGAUUUUUUUUUUUUCCUUGUGUUGUCCUGUAUCGUCCGGUGCCUGUUUUAAAUGUUAAUUUUAGCUGAAUAGCGGAGAUCAUAUGAUUAUUCAGUGUGAGGAUGGUUUAAGCAGAGAGCUGAGAAUGAAAGUUACCGUAUGGCAGAUUUUUAAAAGUGCAUUUUUUAGUUUUUUGGCAGAUUUGACAGACUUAUACUCGUCAUUCAAAGCCUAAAACUUCAAGUGUUGUUUCAAGGGUGUGGUAGGAUGAGCUGCAUUUAAUCUUGGUGUUUCUUUGUGAAUGCUAAAUGCUGUCAGAAAGCCUGUUUUAAUUUAUUGUAACAUUUAUGCCAAAGUAUUUAUUUAUUUAUUCAUUCAUCCAUUUCUUUCUUUCGGAGGCUGCUUUGUUUGUAAAUCGGAUAUUUUUAUUUUGUGGCCAGUUCUAAAUGUGUAUUGUAAAACAAUCAAAUUCUAUACUUAGGUCAUAUAUACAAUAUAUUAAAUGGUAUAUGUUCUAAUAAUAAAAAAAUAAAAUGGAAUCAUUAUUUUUCCAUAAUUGUAAUGUGCAUUUUACUAAAUAUAAUCAAAGUGAGGGGGGCUGAUUAGGCAGAUAUACCAACAGGGCUCUGUUUAUUAGUAAGAAAACAAAAAUCAAGAUCAGGAAAUCAUGUGAAAAAGAAAUUACCCUUUAAAUAGGUUUUAUGUAUCAGGACUUAAUAUAAUAAAUCACCUGCUCCCUAGCAGGGUCUAAUUUCUUUUCUUACUAAGCCAAAAUGCAGCAGCAGCAGUGUGAAAAACUAAAUACACCCCA